UGAGCUAUGGCACGAGCGUUUCCGCAAAAGUAAUCUGAGAAGACCGAGGUUAGAAAUUGGUUAAAAUGGGCUGCACACUUCUGCUUGCGUGAAAGUCGUUACAUGGAAUGUACUGGUGAAAAGUUAUACGGCAGAUGGGGGAAGCAGACAAAGAGGGAAAAAUGUAAACGACAGUCUGUUUUAACAUAAUACUGUCUCUUGCCAUCGCAAAGGGAUCUAUCUUAAGAUAUCGACUGAAGAAGUGCCACAAACGUGGUACAAUUCUCCAAGAAAGCGCCACGUGCAAAUUGCCCCUCCGCCCACUCCGCUUCCCUUCAUUGAAUGGGGCUCCGUUGUUUCAUCGCCCCCCAACGCGUUCAAAGGACGUCAGACUGAAAAUCCUUAUACGGAUUGACCAUGCCUGUAUCUUUGAUGCGGGGCCAGGAUCUGAUCUAUGCUGCCAUGCCCAUCAAUGUGGGACUGAAGUUCUACAGAUGGAGAGGACUGUAGAUGUGUUUGCCAGUCGCCAGCCUCGGUCAUUUGAUGGGGAGACCAUAAUUGGGAUUUGCUAUGUCCAGUUUCCUGGGUGUGAGUGUUUGGUUCUUGCUCGUCCUUCACUAUGUGGCUGCAGUGAUGGACUGCCACCCGGGUUGUCGCUGUGAAGUCGAGAGCUUCGGCCUGUUCGACAGCUUCAGCCUGACCAGGGUCGACUGUAGUGGGGUGGGCCGUGGUCAUGGCCUGGUGGUCCCCAUCUCCAUCCCCCUGGACACCUCCUCCCUGGACCUGUCCUCCAGCGCCAUCCACACCAUCGCUGACUCCAUGCUCUCUGGGCCGGGCUACACCACGCUGGCCAGCCUGGACCUCAGCAACAACCUCCUCUCCAGGCUCAACAGCAGCAUCUUCUCCAGGCUGCGCUACCUGGAGACCUUGGACCUGAGCCACAACACCCUGGAGGAGCUAGCCCCCGGCUGCUUCUCUGGCUUGCCCCUGGCCGAGGUGGACCUGAGCGGCAACAGGCUCCAGGAGGUCAGCCUGGAGGUCUUUUCCAACAAGGGCCACGGUGCAGGACCUCUCAAUGUGGACCUGUCUAACAACCUGCUGAACACUGUCACAACUAGGGAUCCACAGGUGCUAAGCCCUCCUAACAUUCAGAGCCUCAGUCUGGCAGGGAAUCGUCUGAGGGCCGUGCCCAAGCUGCAGGGCCUCCCUCUGAGGUCUCUGAGCCUGGACGGCAACCCCAUCCUCAGCAUCGAAAGGCACAGCUUCACAGGGCUAAGGGAUCUGGCUUACCUGUCUCUCAGUGGGUUGUCUGAGCUCACCUCCAUCCAGCUCCAAAGUUUCAGUGAGCUGAGCAGCCUGCAGGUCCUGGACCUGUCCCACAACAGCAUGCUGAGACCACUUAACCCUGAGGUGUUUAGCGGACUGGCUGCCUUACAGGAGCUCAACCUGUCCAACUCAGGGGUGGUGUCUCUGCCCAGCAACAUUCUCCACCUCCUGCCCAGCAUCAAAAGCAUCGUUCUCAGGGAGAAGGUAAACUGUUGGAAGACCCAUAGACAGGUGCAGUUCCACAGACAGAUAGGACAGUCAACAAGGGGGGAGGAAUUGACCUGUGAUGUCAUAGGAAUUGUUUUAUGAGUCUGCCGGCCUUAACAGGUUGGUCAAAAUGAAGAAGGUGGAGAAGCAGUGAGAGCCUCACAGUGAAACCAGUUUAUACAGUAAUCACUAUAUUUCAAAAUUCAGUCCUCAGAUUUGUGCAUCAUCAUCAAGGGUUGCACUCAUUUUCAAAAUAUAGCUUUUGUUCCACUGCUUCAAGGGAGUGUGCAAUAAAAUAACAGUGUAGAACAGUGGCCAUGGGCUAAUAAAUUAUGCUGGCAACUGAACUAACCAUCUUGAUAACAUGACGACGCGUGAAGAUUUACAAGGACAAAGUCAGAAAUGAUUACCUGCACUUGUUUUGUAGUUUUCAAUCCCUUUUCUAUUUUUGAAUUAAUUCAACUGAACUAAAUAAUGACAACUCAUACAGUGUUAUGACGCAUUAAUGUCCGACUAAUAAUGUAAUAAACCGUUUUAGAGGGCGUCAUAUUGUUAAACAUUACAACAAUUUCUGCUGGCAGAUAAUACCUUUUGAUUACUUGACAAUUUUUUAUAACAUUAGAAAUAUGUAUUUGCAACAUUUUCUACAGUAUUGCCUUGGACAUAUGUUGUGUAUAUGAAGUCUGUCAACUAUUGUUAAUGACUGAAACAGAGACAUGUAUUUUCAAUAAAAUGGAUGCAACACAAUUUGUUCCACACCCUUUU